UAGUCUUCUUCUGACAUGACCUCUGUGGUGUAUCUUAACAAUGCAUCAUUUAUUCACCCUCCCACAUUCUAUAUCAACGGAUUUUACAACAUGCCACAUGCAAAGUAUUAUUAUAUAUUUCUGUGCUUUGUGUAUGCUGUGACCAUUUUAGGUAAUUAUUUUAUAAUGGGGACUAUUUACCUGGCUCGUGCUCUUCACACAGCAAAGUAUAUAGCUGUAUUCAAUUUGGCAGUGUCUGAUUUGUGUGGAAGCACUGCUUUAAUUCCGAGGUAUGUAGACAUGUUUCUGUUUGAUAAACAGUAUAUAUCUUAUGGAGACUGUCUGUCAAGCAUGUUUUUUGCUUUUACUUUCAUGACUAUGCAGUCUUUUACUCUGCUUGCUUUGGCCUUUGAUAGAGUCAUUGCAAUAUGUUUUCCUCUGAGGUAUCAUGCUAUUGUCACUAAAUCUACAAUGAUGAUGAUCAUUGGGGUUAUGUGGGUUUUGUCUGUGUUUCUUGUCACUCUUCUUGUGGCUCUGAUCACCAGACUCACCUUCUGUGCAUCUAUAGCCACAGUAGACAGCUAUUUCUGUGAUCAUGGUCCUGUCUUCAGAAGUGCAUGUAGUGACAAUUCCAUUAAUCGUGUAAUGGCCUAUGUUUAUGCUAAUGCUGUGAUUUUUAUUCCAUUGAUAUUUAUAGUAUUGUCAUAUGGUUGUAUUGGUUUUGCAUUGCUUAGGAUUUCACAGGGUGGUGAACGAAUGAAAGCUAUGAAAACAUGCACUUCUCACAUUAUAUUAGUGGCUCUGUUUUAUGUACCAAUUUUAAGCAUUUAUUUCCUUGCUACAACAUAUAUACAUCCAAAUACUAGAAUAAUUAACUCUGUUUUAACCCAAACUGUUCCAUCUAUGUUAAAUCCCAUCAUAUAUACUCUGAAAACAGAGGAAGUAUUACAGGCUAUUAAAGCACUGUACAAACGAAUGAAGGCGAACAAUAUGGAACAGCCUGUGAAAAACAUGAAAAGUUAA